GAACCCGUAGCGCGGAAAGCCGAGCCUGAUCUCAUCUUCUUUUGCCUCAGCAAGACGGAGAGAAAGCCGGCCUCUCUUAUCUUUGAAAGCGCUCGUUCUUGAGCCGACGGCCUUGGUUUUGAGACGUCUCAAAACCAACCUUAUACCUUGGGGACGCACGAUUCAACCGCAUAUACGCGCCUGAUUUUUUAGCCGACUCAAAGGUCUUGAGCCGACGGCCUUGGGACGCACAUAUGCGCCCUGGAUAUAGCAUGAGGGGUUAGCGCGACGUGUACGCAAGGGGGUGGUAAUCAUGGGCGGGUGGCGGCGGUCUGGUUAAGAACUGGAGUUGAGAAGUUGAGGGAUUUGGGUUAUCAAUACGAGCUUCACAGCUUCACAGCUUCAGCGCUUCAGAGGAUCAAAUCUUUAGAGAUUCAGCGCUUCCGAGGUUCAGAGGAUCAAAUCUUUAGAGAUUCACCGCUUCCGAGCUUCAGAGGAUCAAAUCUCUAGAGAUUCAGCACUUCAGCGCUUCAGCCGCGUCCCUCACUGGGAAAAUCUCCCGUCCCUCUGGGAGCCGUCGGCUUCACGGCCGCGAUGGGUGGGGGGCGGGAGAUUCUCUCUCUUUUGCGCCGACGGGUGACGCGCAGCUGCAUGGGAAGCGCUGCAACUGCUACCAGCAGCACUGUCAGCCGCCGCAGCUGCAGCAGCGGCUGCGAAACAAGCAGCAGCAGCUCUAGUAACCUGAGCAGCAGUGCGACCUGUUGGGACUAUGACUCGGCAUGUGUGCAUGCGCUGAAUUCCGCUCCUCUUCCUUCAAAUGCCCCUACCAGUACUCACCUGCAUAUCCAUUCAUUUGUGAUACAAUCGUCCUCCCCCGCGCCCAUUCACCAUGCCGCUUAUUCCCCUUCCCCUCCUCCUUCAACUGCUCCUAGUCACCUGCAUAUCCAUUCGCUUGUGAUACAAUCGUCCUCCCCCGCAUCCAUACACCAUGCCGCUUAUUCCGCUUCUCCUUCAAAUGUUCCUAGUCACCUGCCUAACCAUUCGUUCAGUAUACAAGCGUCCUCCCCUGCGCCCACUUUUGAGUCGGCUCAAAAGCGCCUACGUAUCCAUUCGUUUGUGCAAGCGCCCCCCCCCGCGCCCAUUCGGCAUGCCCGUCAUUGGAGCCCCGCUGCAGCCAACUCCACCACCGUAGCUCAGCCUCCCCCUAUCACCGCCAGCAGCAGCAGCAGCAUUAGAGUUGCGCCCAUCACCACUUCUGUCAGCAGCACUCCAUUGUUUUGUGAUGGCCUUAACACCACCCGCUCAACACAUCCCCCUCCCCUUCCCAGCAUCCAUACAACACGGCUUCCUUCGUCCCCCACCAUCCUCCCCUCGCAUGUUUCCCCCGCCACCCUCCUAACUCGCACCACCACCUCACCUGCUCUUCAGUACCCGAUUCUUCCAGGAAGCUGCCGCACGCACAUGGGUCACGGGCAUGGGCAUGGGCAUGGGCAUGGGCAUGGGCACAUUGGGGGGAUCGUGGGGUGUAAAGGAGGGAGGGGAGGAGACAAAGGAAGAGGGGGAGGGGGAGGGGGAGGGGGAGGGGAAGGGGGAGGGGGAGGGGAGGGGAGGGGGAGGGGAAGUGGGAGGGGGAGGGGGAGGGGGAGGGGAAGGGGGGGGGGGAGGGAAAGGGGGAGGUCGCAAGGAGGUGGAGGCUAUAACGCGUGUGGGGUUUUGGGCGGACGUGGGUUUAACCGGGAUCAAAGGGGUGGCCGGGUGGCUGUCUGGCAGUGCUGCAAUCAUUGCGGAUGCCGCCCAUUCAGUGUCCGAUGUGGUGCUGAGCUGGGUGACCCUGUGGUCCGUGCAGGCAGCAUCUGUUCCUCGCGAUGCCAACCACCCUUACGGCCAUGGCAAGUUCGAGACAGUGGGCGCAUUGGGAGUGUCGCUGCUCCUCAUAGGCACGGGCGGCGGCAUGGCAUGGCACGCGCUGCACCUGCUGCAGGGCCUCCUCCCAGCUUCCGUCGAUGCACUCACAUCCAACGCUGCCUCUGUGGGGGCUGCAGGGGUGGAAGUAGCCGAUGCUGCUGCUGCAGGAGCAGGAGGGGCAGCAGCAGCAGGAGCAGGAGGAGGAGCAGGAGCAGAGGCAGUCGGAGCGUUGACGCAUGGGCAUGGGCAUGGGCAAGGCAUCUUGGGGAGUGUGCAGGGGAGCAGCGAGUACAUGCCGUUGGCGCUUGCAGCGGCGGUGGUGUCCAUUGGGUUCAAGGAGAGCCUCUACUGGGCGACCAAGUGGGUGGCGGAUCGCUAUGACAACCAUCUCAUGCGCGCGAAUGCGUGGCACCACCGCAGUGACUCCGUCUCAUCCUUCGCUGCGCUCUUGGGCGUGGGCGGGGCAAUGGCGGGUUUCCCCAUUCUUGACCCUGUGGCAGCUCUCUUUGUGGCAGCUCUCAUCGCCAAAGCAGGCGGCAGCAUUGCCUAUCAGAGCGUUCAAGACCUAGUGGACGUGGGAGUUUCUGAGAAGGUUCUUCAGCCAAUCAGAGCAGAAAUCAUGGCCUCUCCUGGAGUGCUGGGUUGCCACAAUCUGAGGGGCAGGCGCAUGGGGCCGUGGCUGCACGUCGAUGCGCACAUAGAGGUGGAUCCAUCGCUCUCCGUGGCAGCAGCGCAUGACAUUGCGCAGGCAGCACGGCACCACCUGCAGCGCCACUUCCCUUCAAUAACCGAAGCACUCUUUCACAUAGACCCGGCAGAUGGCCGAUUGCCAUCGCCUCUGGAUCCAACUUGCCCCCUUAACCCACAAGCAUGGGUCCAGGGGAAGUCAAAAGCCGGUCCCCCUCCUCAACAUGCUGCAGAUGCUGUUUCUGAUAGCACUGCUUCUGAGGGCGCUGCUGGCGCUCCUGCCCCUGUUGCCUUGGAUGCCUCUACUACUACUGCUGCGUCUGCUCCUGCUAACGCUGGCUCUUCCACUACUACUGCCCCUUCUGCUGCCGUUGGUGGUUCGAGCCCCGAGGGGCACCAUAAGAAGCCUGUUGUUCAGACGCCUCAAACAUAGGGAACAGUCCCAGUCCCAAUGGGCUCAUACCAGAAAGUGGUGCUUUCACGUGAUAGGAGUCUAGUUUUGAGGCGCCUCAAAACUAAAGCUGGCUUCUUGUUGCAGGCUGCCUCACAAUCAAGCGUGAUAGGAGUCUAGUUUUGAGACACCUAGGAGUCAAAACUAGGUCCCGGUGGACUCAUAUCAGAAAGUGGUGCUUUCUUCCGCCAUCCACCGUUUCGGUGACAUGCGUUGGAUCGUUGGAUACGCGUGCUACAUGUCUUGAAUUCAGGAGAACAGAGGAGUUGUGGUGGAUUGUGCCGCUAGCAGUUGAAAGAAGAGGAAAGAAGAUGGAGGUGAUGGUGAUGUGACUCUGCAUGUGAGCAACUCUAUAUGAUGGUACCGUUAAAGCGCGGAUAUAAGACCCCUAUGUCUUAUCAUAUACCU